UUCGUAACGCCUCAUCUUCCUUCAACCUUCAUGCAUUACUCCAUUAGCAUCAGCUUCCUCAUUCUCACCGAUUGAAUUUCUCUCUGAUCAUCACUCUUCUCCAUCUCUCUAUUUCUCUCUCUCUCUCUCAAAAAGUUCUUAGUUUUCUUAGUGUUGAUCCUUUAGGUAGCAACUAGUAAGAUAAGAACGCCACCACUAUGGUUGUUCAUUCUCACCAAUCUGCACUAAACGAGUUAUUUCUCGUGAAAGCAUCAUGCAAGAGCAGGUUCAUGUGGGUGCCCGAGGUUGAUCUCACGCACCCCGAGGCCAAGACGGUCAUAGUCAAGGCAUGUCAAGAGUUCGGUUUGUUCAAGGUGGUCAACUAUGGUGUACCACUGGAAUUGAUGACCCAUUUGGAGAAUGAAGCACUCAAGUUCUUCAUGCAGUCCCAAUGUCAAAAAGACAAGGCUGGUCCUCCAGACCCUUAUGGGUAUGGAAGCAAGAGAAUUGGCACAAACGGUGAUCUGGGUUGGGUUGAGUACCUACUCCUCAACACAAACCCUGAUGUUAUCUCUCCCAAAACACUCCAACUUUUUGAACAAAACCCAGAAGUGUUCAGGUGCGCGGUGGAGGAAUACAUAGGGGCAGUGAAGAAGAUGUGCUGUGAAGUGUUGGAGCUAAUGGCUGAUGGGUUGGAGAUAGAACCAAGGAACGUGUUCAGCAGAAUGAUAAGGGAUGAGAGAAGCGAUAGCUGCUUUAGAAUGAACCGGUACCCAGCAUGUCCAGAGCUUAGAGUUGAGGCAUUGAGUGGACGAAAUUUGAUUGGGUUCGGAGAGCACACAGACCCACAGAUAAUAUCUGUCCUGAGAUCCAACAACACAUCAGGACUGCAAAUGUGUCUCCGGGAUGGGACUUGGGCUUCUAUCCAACCUGAUCACACUUCCUUUUUCGUCAAUGUUGGUGACCUUUUGCAGGUGAUGACGAAUGGAAGCUUUAAAAGUGUUAAGCAUAGGGUAUUAGCCAAUUCAAGCAUGUCAAGACUUUCAAUGAUCUACUUUGGAGGACCACCAUUGAAUGAAAAGAUUGCACCUUUACCUUCACUCGUGUCAAGGGAAGAAGAGAGUUUGUACAGAGAAUUGACAUGGCGGGAAUACAAGAAUGCAGCAUACAAGUCAAAGCUCUCUGAUAAUAGGCUUAGUCUUUUUGACAAAUUUGCUGAUCACAGUGACAAAUCUCCAUUGUGAAUACCAUUUUAUAGUGAAUGAAUGCAACUCGAGGCCACUAGCAUCGUGGUCUUAUGUUAUA